UCCAGACGGUUCUCACCGUCUGUUGCAAUUCGUCCCACGGGUCCACAGAUAAACGAAAAGGCGUUCGCCGUCAAAUCCUUCAGAAAGCAACGACACAUGGCCACCCCAGACCUCAUCUACCUCACCAUCGACGACGGCUCCUCCACCAAACGGGAGGAGACGAUCCGAGUCAGCGCCGAGAUGCAACUCGAGGAAGUGCGCUCGGCGUUCUACGCCGCCGCGAAUCUCAGCUCCAGCAGCACAAACUCUGUUUUGAAGCUGUAUCGGAAGGAUGGGGUGCUUUUGCCGAUUGGGCCCAAUACGCCGAGGAAUUCGAAGGAGGAUCGGUACAUUUUGAAGAGCAGGACUGGAAACGAAGGUGUAGAUGCGUUGAACGCCGUCAGUGACCUACUUGGCCAGAUAACCGCCAUCAAGGAGAAAGUGGAUGCCAUGAAGCGGUCCAUCAGCGAGGUUCCGGAUGGCCAUGGCGCUAAACACAAUCCCGACGAACUCACCCCCCCAAACCUCCUCGCCCGCCGUCGCCCAACCCUCCCUUCCCUCCCACCCCAACGCACCUUCACCCGCGACGUCACCGAGCACCUCAAGCACCCGACCUUCGACGUGUGGCAGUGGCAGGACGACGAGAUGGUCGACCUGCUGGCGCACAUGUUCACCGAGCUGGGCCUGAUGACGGAGUUCAAGUUGGAUGAGGAGACGCUGCGGAGGUUCCUGCAGUGCGUGAAGGGGAGCUAUAAUACGAACCCUUUUCAUAAUUUUAGGCAUUGCUUUUGUGUGGCGCAGAUGAUGUACGGCAUCCUCCACGUCACAAACCUACACGCCCAACUCCAACCCCUCGAAAAACUGGUUCUCCUCAUCUCCUGCAUCGGCCACGACCUCGAUCACCCGGGCUUCAACAACGCCUACCAAGUGAACGCCAGCACCGAGCUCGGCCUAAUCUACAACGACAUCUCCCCGCUCGAAAACCACCACGCCGCCGUCCUCUUCACCAUCCUCAAAGAAUCCGACACCAACAUCCUGCGCUCCCUCCCGGCCAACGAUUACCGCGAGGCCAGGAAACAGAUCAUCGCGUGCGUGCUCGCGACGGAUAUGGCGAAACACGGCGAGCUGAUGGGGCGGUUCAAAGCCGGGGCGGAGCGCGAGGGCGGGUACGAUAUGACCGACCCCGCCGCGCGCUCGUUGCUGUUGCAGAUGGUGAUUAAAUGCGCGGACAUAUCCAACGAGGUGCGGCCGAAACAUGUGAGCGAGCCGUGGGUGGAUAAUCUGCUUGAGGAGUUUUUCGCGCAGAGUGAUCGAGAGAAGGCAGAGGGACUGCCGUUUGCGCCGUUUAUGGACAGGCAGAAGGUCACCAAGGCGAGCGCGCAGGUCGGGUUUAUUCAGUUCGUGCUCAUUCCGUUGUUUGAGCUGGUGGCGAAGGUGCUGCCGAAUAUGGAGGAGCCCAUCAUUCAGCCGAUACGGAGUGCGUUGCAGUAUUACAAGACUUUGGCAUGAUUCAAAUAUUAUGACUUUUUUUUUGGAAGCAUUUUGCAAAUCGAUGUAACGGGCAGUCAGUGCAUUCAUUGGACGGAGGAUUUGAGAGCUUGCGUUAUACAAACCCAAUGAGACCUCACUUUUCUGUUGUUUCCUGGCAAAUGGUUGGCCAAAUGCGUGU